UGGAGCGGAGAGGAAAACAGGAAACACACUGUUGCUAAAAUAAAGUAUUUUCAUGGAUAACAAGACAGUUUAGUUGGUUUCAUUUCAUUUUGACAUGAGGAGAGUCACUCUGUUUGUCAACGGAACCUCUUCAAAUGGGAAGGUGGUGGCCGUGUACGGCUCUCUGGAGGAUUUACUGUCUGCGGCCAGCUCUAAACUCGGAAUAAGAGCCUCUAGUGUCUACAACGGGAACGGCGGCCUCAUAGAUGACGUCACGUUAAUCAGAGAUGACGAUGUGCUCUACGUAUCGGAGGGAGAUUCUUUCGAAGAUGCUCAGGACGACCCCACAGACCCUGAGAAGAAUCAGACCCACACUGAUUGGUUGACGCUCAACGUGGGCGGGCGCUGCUUCACGACCACGAGGAGCACGCUGGUCAGUAAAGAGCCGGAGAGCAUGCUGGCCCACAUGUUCAGAGAGAAAGAUGUUUGGGGGAACAAGCAGGACUCUCGGGGGGCGUACCUGAUCGACCGCAGUCCAGACUACUUUGAGCCCAUUCUGAAUUAUCUGAGACACGGACAGCUCAUCAUCAACGACGGCAUCAACCCUCUGGGUGUGCUUGAAGAGGCUCGCUUCUUUGGCAUUGAACAGCUGGCGGAGCAGUUGGAGACCCUCAUAAAGACCUCUCAGCCCCCCGAUGAUCAUUCUUCUCUGAGCCGCAAAGAGUUCAUCAGAUACCUGCUGGCCACCACGACCAAGUCGGAGCUCCGGUGUCAGGGUCUGAACUUCAACGGGGCCGAUCUGUCUCGCCUGGAUCUGCGCUACAUCAACUUCAAGAUGGCCAACCUGAGAGGAGCCAACCUGGCCCACGCUAACCUGAGCGGGGCCAACCUGGAGAGAGCAGACCUGUCCAUGGCCUGCCUCGAUGCAGCCAAUCUGCAGGGUGUGAAGAUGUUGUGUACUAACGCUGAAGGGGCGUCGCUGAGAAGCUGCAACUUUGAAGAUCCUGCCGGAGUCAAAGCCAACCUGGAGGGAGCCAACCUGAAGGGCGUGGACAUGGAAGGGAGUCAGAUGACGGGGAUCAACCUGAGGGUCGCAACGCUGAAAAACGCCAAACUGAAGAACUGCAACCUUAGAGGAGCAACACUGGCCGGGACAGACCUGGAGAACUGUGACCUAUCAGGAUGUGAUCUUCAGGAGGCGAACCUGCGAGGCUCCAACGUGAAGGGAGCCAUCUUUGAGGAGAUGCUGACUCCUCUGCACAUGUCUCAGAGCGUGCGGUAAAAAACACCAACACGCCGUCGUACGGUGCUUUAACUCGCAACACACACGCUCCCAGCGGAGAUGAAAUCAGCCUCGGUAGAAGUGACCACUGGGACAAGACGUGUGGGUACGAAGCUGUGCCGCUCCGCUCAGUAUCGCUCACCUCUC